ACGCAAUCCUGCAGAGAACAGCUGAAAGAAGCCGGAAGCUCCGUGCAAGGGUGUUGGACCUUGAAUCGUACGCUGCCCUCGGAUAUCAUUGGGGCUGGAAAUAAAAAAGAGGAAACUGUUGCAAAAAGAAAAAUGAAGGAAUAGUGACCGGAACAUGUCGCUGGUAAUCACCAUGGCAACGACGCCUUCAACACAAAAUGAAACUGUUUCUGCAGCCAGAUAAUUGGCUCAAGUGCCGCUACCGGCGCAGUUGUAGCGAACUCGAAAAACUGCAAUCUCCUUCUCUCUUUGUGUUGUGUGUCUGUGGUGGUGGUGGUGGUUUCAUCCGCUGGAUCACGUUCGCGGUCUUAAUGUGCGUGAUCCAUCACUAGGACAAGAAAAGAAAAGCAGCCUCGCCAUGCUGAACUUUGCCAGUAAAAUGAUCAACACCCUCAUCGGGGCGCCGGGCGAGGAUGGCCAGCCCGGAAGUAACCCGCAACAGCAAUCGCAGCAGUCGAUGGGCAUGAGAAAUCCGCAAAUGGGCGGACCACAACGACCCAUGUUUCAGGGUCCUGGACCGCAAGGUCAGCGGCCAGGAUUCCCUGGACAACAGAGACCACCAGGACCGCACCCCGGCGGAGUAGGACCAGGCUUCGCGGGUCCACGACCUCCCGGACCUGGAGGUCGUCCGCCUGGACCUGGAAUGGGACCUGGAGGCCCCGGUGGUCCUGGAAUGGGCCCCGGUGGACCUGGAAUGGGUCCUGGAGGCCCCGGUGGACCUGGAAUGGGUCCUGGAGGUCCCGGUGGACCUGGAAUGGGACCCCAGCGUUUCGGUGGACCUGGGCCACGAGGAAAUGGACCACGAGGUCCACCAGGCAGCGGCCCUAGAAUGAUGAUGCAAGGACCAGGUGGUCCCCAACAACCGCGAGGACCUCCAGGAAUGGGAGGCCCACGAAGUGGUGGUCCUAUGGGUCCCGGCGGUAAUGGCCCAGGCAGAUUCUACCCGCCCAAUCGACCCCCCGGCCAAGGACCGCCUGGACCUCAGGGCCCACUACGGGGCCCCUACCCCGGCAGCAGUCCGCCCGGCCAGCAGAUGAGGGGUCCCAUGAUGGCCAACAAUGCCGCCGGUCAGCAAGCGAGACCGCCUUAUUUUGGCGGGCCGGCUCCUAACCAAGGACCUGGCAUACGUGGUCCAGCAGGCACGACAACACGUCCAGGGUUAUUUCAACAAGGGCAGCAACAGCAUCAAAUGAUGCCGGGCCAACAGUCGAUGGCUGGUGGAUCAUCGAUGCAGCAGGCCUCGGUCAAUAACACUGGCGUCCCGGGAGGAGUCCUUCCCGACGUGGACAUGAGCCAUUUGAGCGAAGAGGAGCGUCUGCUCAUCGAAAGUGUCAUGGCCAAAGCCCAGAUGGAAGAGCUGGAACAGCAGAGCGUCGUCAAACCUCCAACCAAUUCAAGGAUGAUGAAAGGACAACUAGCCCGUCAAAUAUCUCAGCCGGAUCCCUUGGAACGAGAGAACGAGCUACGCUAUUCGAUCGAUCCAUCGAGUAACAAUAGCACAAGCAACGGCAUCAACCGGCGGACGUCCAUGUCCGUCACGGACAUGUCCAACUUGGCCUCCAUCUCCAGCCAGCAACAGAGGCUUUGUAGCGUCUGUUGUCGUCGAGACAUUAGCGGACGAGACGGGCCGCCCGGCCAGGCUUGUGCAGAGUGCCGUACCGUCGUGUGUACGACUUGCGGUGGAUACGCCGCUUCCACUUACGACAACAAAAACACUGUGUGGUUGUGCCGGACAUGUCUGGAUCGACGCCAAAACCUCAACUGGUCCCAACAACCUGGCACGAUCAAUCAACAACCAACCACGAUGAAAUCUUCGAUGAUGAACGACGCCAGUGGUCAACUGAUGGGCUCUGCGGGACGCCAACAGCAGCAACAACAACAACAGCAGACGAUGCGUGAGUAUAAUCUAACGUCGCCGUCUGAUACGGCCGACGUUGCCACACGUCCCACCUCAUCCUUCAUUACCCCGGCCGUUACCACUUCCUCGCCCGUUACCUACCACCCGACCGCACCCACUUCGGCUAAUUCACCCCUGUCGUUCGCAUCGAACCACCACCGGCCGUCAUCGCCGACGGCCAUCACCCAAUCGGCCGGCUCUCCCAAACCCGUGCCGGAUGAUCAAUCGCACGCGUGGUUUCAAUCCGUCUAUCGGCGGGAAGACGAAGAGGACGAGGACGAGGAGGAAGAAGAAAACGUGAAAAGGACAAAUGUACUGGCAACGUCGCCAGGUGGCGACGCGGCCAAUCGUUUGGUUAGCCCGGUGUCUUACACCAGUCACCGGCCGUUCGUCGACGAUAGUCAUAGGUUGCGCUACCAAGAUAUCGAGGACGAAACGCACAGUAACGAGAGCGAGGAGAACAAUCAUCAAGGGAAAGAUGCGGACGACAGCGACGACUCGCUGAUGGAAGAAUUGGCAACCGUGGCCGUCAAGGAAGGUUCCGAUAGCGAUGAGAACCUGAGCGACGUGGAAGAAUUGAAUCACUGUAAAGACGAUGCGGCUGGCAUGAUGGCUGGCGGCCGUGACGGUGCGGCCGAUGCGGAAGAGGCCGACUCGUCUUGCGCUUCUUCCCCUCGCUCUGCCACCACCUCGCCCUCGCCCGGCUCGCCGCCCACCGCCAGCAUGACGGCCGCGCUGCAACACGUCUACGAGCACAAUCCGGGCGAGGUGUACCCGAUCGCCGAGGAAGAAGAGGAGGCCGCCUCGCCCACCGCUUCCGACGGAGUCACCAGCCUCAGACGCAGAGCCCGUUUGAAUUCAGGAUCGGGAAUCGAAGGAUCGGCCAUGGGCAUGUUCAACGAUCAAAUGACGACAGCCAACGCGCAGAUGAGGAUCGGCUCGCCGACCAAUGCACUCUACCAUCGAUCUAGCGCCGCAUCGUCGGUGGCUGCUAAUCAAACGAUUACGUCGAUGGCUGGCGGUGUGCGCCACGGCGUCGAUCCUUCACCAUCGUCGUCUUCAUUACCUCCGUCCAAUUCGGCAUCGAAUUUGAUGAGCCAUUUCGGAUCGUCGGCCAUCCGAUUCCGAUCGGCCAACCAGCCGUGCGACGUUGCCACGACAUCGACCAACAGUUUUAAAGACGAGAGGAUGCCCACAUCGCCUCCGGCUACCGGCAUGAUGGCCCCAACAGCCAGUGGCAACCACCUCGUGCAGCAGCAGUACAACAACGAAAUGCCGCACGACAACAACACGUUGAUCCAUCAGCAGCAACAACAGCAGCAACAACAACAAACGGGUGGUAAACCGGCCGGGACCAUAACGGGCAUGUUGGCCGAUUUCAGCCGGGCUCUAGGUUUGGGCAGCAAUGCGACCAGAUCAUCUGACCAGACGUUCGGCCAGUUGAACGAUCAGCAAUUGCAGCAGCAGAACGCGGCCAAGAUGAACGCGACGCAAAGCCAACAAUUGCAGAUGCAACAGCAACAACAACAGCAGCAGCAGUUGCAACAACAGCAAAUGCUUCAAUCGGCAAUGAAUCCGCUACAACAACAGCAACAAGGGCAAAACGUGUACUUCUCGGCAGAUGGGUCUGGCAAUGUUGUGGUCAAUCAAAGCGUCAAUCCGUUCACGGGCCAGCAGCAGCAGCAAAGCGGCCUGGCUGGCCAGCAAUUGCAGACGAGCAGCUACAAUGCGGUGUUCGCCACCAACGCCCUAUCGCAAAUGGACCCGCAACAACAACAAAUGGCUCUACAACAGCAGCAACAACAACUUCAAUUGCAACAACAGCUCGGCCAGCAGCGUGUGGGCAAUAAUGCGAUCAUGGUGAAUGAGAACGCAGCCGGCCCGUUAUUCCAGCAGAAUAAACAGCUGACCCAAAUCAAUGCCAUGUCAUCGAAUGCCGUGCAACAACCUUACGCUCUAGUGAACACGGCUGGCCCCAACAAUUACGUCCAGCAAGUGGCCCAGCAAUUUGAACAGAGUGGAGUGGCCGCUGUUAUUGCAUCUCAACAACCCAUCAAUCAGCUGACGGGCAUGGAACAAGCCAAUCUCUUUGUCAGUCAGCCACAAUCGUCUGCCUAUCAAAUGCCUGGGGCCAUUGCGACCGUCGCGAUGGACCAGCAACUUCACAGGCCCUUAGUCCAGACGGCACUCGUUCAACAACAGCAACAACAACAGUUGUUGGCGAACAACCCUCAGAGUCACAUGGUGAUGAACGAGGCGACCAAUCGCAUGGCCAUGUUCAAUCAACAAACGCAGCAACUUCAAUCGACGACAGCGGCCGCUGCUCUGGCAGCCGGACAAGCGCAGCAGCAGCAGCAGCAGCAACAACAACAUUCGAUCCAGCAGCAGCAAAUGAUGCAGCAAGCUGCAGUGCAGCUCCAGCAGCAGCAAUCCAUCAUCCAGCAGCAACAGCAACAACUUUUAAUGAUGAACAACACGACCAAUCAGGACUUUAUGCAAAUGCAGCAUCAAGCCCAGCAUUCGAAGAAAAUGCGCAAGAUGGGCACGGCCCAGAACGCCGCACUGGAACUCCAACAACAGCAACAAUUUAUGGCUGCCAACAAGAUGACUCCGCAAACCAUCCGGAAGAACAUGCUGACUCAACAACAGCAGCAACAACAACAAGCUCCGUCGGCGGCGUUACUCCACCAAUCUUCCAUAGUUCCGGAUCCCAAUAAAAUGAGCCACGGGAUGGGAGACCUUUACGGAAGUAGUUCCACACUCAGAUCCGCCGAUUUACUGCACAAGAGCAGAAUCCGGUUGAUCGAUGGGCGGCCGUACAGUCCAAGCGGAUCGCCAGAAAUCGAUAUGUUGGGAAUGCGGCCGGGCCCGGCUGCUCAUUCGUUCAUGAUCGGCAGUGGCGGAACGCCGAUUACAACGCCUAUGGGCACACCGGCUGGAACACCUCGAGGAGGAGCCCACAGCCGAGACAGUCGCGAUCUGCUGGCUUGCGACUCGCCAGACACGCUCAGCGAGACGGAUUCGCAGGCAUCGCUCCGUCUGCGUCGGAAGUUGCCUCUACUUCCGCCCGACCAAGAGGCCGCCCUCCUUCCGUCUGUCCAGAAGAAGAAACUCGAGUUGGCUAAAACCCAACAGCAACAACAGCAGCAGCUAGUCAGCGUCCAGGAGCGGAUCAAGGCCUACAGCAAUUUGCGCCAGGGAUCGCUGACGGAGGCCCUGAACGCGUCCAGCGCGGCCGAUCGGGGCUACGCCACGUCGGCCGCUUCGUUCGGCGGACUGACGCGUCCCACGUCCGAGACCAACUUGCGCCAAUUGGCCUACGGUGAAUCGAUGGCGUCCUCAUUGGCCGCACGGCCCGGCUCCGCUCUGGGUCUUUUACAAGGGUCCAGCAUCGUCAACGCCAACGGACUCCGAUCGACGUUGAACAGCAAUUUGACGCAGGCCAAUCUGGGCGCCGUUGCGCGAUCCAAUCCGUCCAUCAGCGUCAAGUCGGAGGACCAGACGUUACGUGAAAGCUUGGCCGCCAUCCUUCCGCCGGACUUGAGGCACUUGGUCGGAGCGCCCAGCACGAGCCUUGUGACGACAUCGACAACGAACGACUCGACGGCCAUCCUCAGCGUUGGUGGAUAUCGCACGGCCGCGCUAGAAGACUUGCGCGGGUCACCGCUGACUCGGAGACGAGCUCUGGAGGAGGAGCUGCACAGGCUGACUGAAGAUCGGGCCCGUCUCAGAAGCCAAACGGACAAGGACCGCGAACGUGAGGUCCGAAUCCGGCGCGAAUUGGACAAAUUUGCCGCCCUCAGAGACCCAAUGAAAAGAUUCGAUACCCAGAGAAGGCCGGGCAGCGCGGCGGCCGGUUUAAUAGGAGCCCAAUCAUCUGGAUCGAGUGUGUCGUCACGACUGCGCAAGAGCCGAGGACAUCGGCGACAGUUAUCCGAUCCUAGAGUGUCUUCGCUCAUGAGAGAACGAGAAGAAUCAUCUGAUAGAUACUCUACGGGCCGAUCUCAAUCGAUGAGCCGGGCGAAAGCUUACGAAUACGAGUCGCUGGAAGAGCUGAAUAGCAGCAUGGCCGGUGUUGGCAUGAGCAAUAAAUCCGACUGGGAUCGCCACCGAUCGAUCCCCACUUCAUAUUCCGGCAGUGCCCUCAACCGUCUGCUCACCGAAGAUGACGACUUCCUCUCACGCAAAUACUCGGCUUCAAACAGCCGCAGGAGCCAUGUCAGGAGAUCCAGCGAUGGUGGGAUGACUAUGACCGAUUAUCUGAUGGAUCCUUCGUUGAUCGGAUUGGGUGGACAUCAUCAGGGCCAGUCGAGGUCGCGUUACGGCAACGAUGCGCGCGUGUUGAGUCGCGGGCUCAGCUACGACGUGGCCGAUCGGAGCGGCGUGAUGCUCGGCGGCGGAGGCGGCCAUCACGGCAAUGCCUCGCAUUCCAAAUCGAUCCUCUUGUCGCGCAAACCGCGCUCUUGGCACCCGUCGCCUUACGGCAGCGACGAAGAGUUCCUGGAUGCCGAGGACGAUAUCCUGACCCGAGAGGCUAAAAAGCAGCGGAUCAAGGCGGAAAUCGCCCGUCGGAGGCAGCAGAUCGAGCAGAACUCGCGGCUGCACGACGAGCUCCUUCGCCUCUCUCGUUUGCGCGAAUGCGGCGAUGUGAGCGGUUAUCAGACAAAUCACGGCCUGUCCGGCGGGAAUGGUUCGGGAGGACCGUACGGCGGUGGCAGCAGCAGUAGCGGCAACGCUGCCCGACUAGCGGCGGCGGCUAGCAAUUCUUCCGUCUUGAGGUCCAUCAACGACAUCUUGCGAGAAGAUCGGGAAUUUAUUCAUCGAUCGCGCAGCAGCUCGAGCGGCGGUCACUUGUACCAGCCGGACUACGUGAGUCACCACCAUCACGUGUCUCCUACGCGACGGCCGUACCACAUGUCGUCGGUCCAGCAUCAGUAUGGCUCUCAUUCGAGAGGGGCCAGCCCGGCCCGUGGCGCUGUUAAUUAUUCGGGCGUGCCGACGGAGGAGGAGCGGAGCAUGGAACGACUGGCCUCCACCUUCCGCACCGAGGACUACACGAGCAGUUUGUACGAGCGACUGCACGACUUCUCUCCGCUGGCCAGCGAUCCCGAACUUGGCGGAGGUGUAGGCGACAUGAUGAUGUACAACAGCGGCUCUGGCCCGACAGCCAUGCCCUUAUUGCCGGACAUGCCCAGCCGUUCGCGCAAGUUGCUGGAGGAUUUGGCCGCCAGCGCCAACGAUGCGCCCACCAUGCACAUUCAGUCACGAGAGUGUGAUGGUGGUGAUCCUUGCUACUCGGAUCCGGAGGAAAGCAACCGGAAUCGAGGCCGUCGUUCGUCUUAUUAUUCAUCUGAGCACAAAGGGCCGGGUAAAAGACGUUAUCCAUUUCCCACCAAAAGGAUCUUAUUGACGUGCGACGCGAAAUCCACCGCCACUACAGACAAUGGAUUGGGGAUGCGAGUGGUCGGUGGACUGGAGAUCCCCGGAAGACAGGGCGAGAUCGGAGCUUUCGUCACAGAGAUCUCACCUGGUGGUGUAGUAGACACGCACGGGCAAGUCCAAGAAGGCGAUCAAGUUUUGGAGUGGAACGGGAUUCAAUUGAACGGCAAAUCAUUCGAAGAAGUUCAGAGCAUCAUUUCUUCCACCAGAGGCGAAGUCGAGAUCGUCAUCUGCGGGGAAAAAGCCAGCGCACAAUACGAUGGAGCACAGUCUACUAGGACGAUGAACGUGAGCGGAAGAGAAGAGGUGGACAUGAACGGCAACAGCAGUCGCCAUCACAUGUCAGGUGAACUCAGCACGGCUUCGCCAACUGAGGCCAUUCCACCUCAGAGACGUGGACCUCAACAGCCGGUUGUCAAAGGAAUCAUUCGCAAUAAAGUGCCGAAAGCGGAAGAAUGCUUGGAGGACCCCGAAGUGCGCAAGCGCAAAUGGACAUUGCCUUUGGGACAAGUUCAGGUCCUGUCUUGCUACGACAGUCGAGCUCACAUUCUUUACGUGACAAUCAUCCGGGCUCGCAAAUUGCAAACGCGACGUCCCAAUGGCGAUGCUCGACCCGACCCACUCGUUCGCUGCGUACUCCUGCCCGGCCGCAAAGUGGAAAACGAACGACGGACCCGCUAUUUGAGUCUUACUAGCGAUCCAGAGUGGCAUCAAACUAUGGUUUAUCCGGCUGUUCCGCCUGCUGAUUUGCCUAAACGUCAGUUGGAAGUGACAGUUUGGCAUCAUCAAUGCGAUGGCCGUCUCGAAUUCCUCGGUGAAUUCCUUCUCGAUCUUGCAAAUCCUGGAACGAUUGACGAACAGCCGCACUGGUACCCCCUGCAGGAUAAUUCAGGUGGAUUGGCCAGUCUUCCAAUGGCUCCAGAUCACGGAAAUGAUUACAGCAAUGGCAAACCUGCAGGAUCGCAGCAAAGGAGUAGUAUGGCGAGAGCAAGCAUGUCUUCCGCUCUAAUGGAUUCAUCGUCUUCCGGAUGUCAUGGAGCGGCCUGCACCGUCCUUUAGAAAUACUUGAAACACGAUCAUCAUCGAGAUCUUUCCACGUUUUUCUUGCUGUUAUCUUUGUAUGUUGGAGACUUUAUCAUUGUCUUGUCGUUAAGUGUCUGAUGUACACCCACGAUGUAUCAUAUCAUUUCAGUCAACGAAGCAUAUCCGUUUGGCGACAGCAUCAAUUCUCAACACAUACAAUCACUUCGUCAAUCCCUAUAUAUAUUUAUAUGCUCAAUAUCUUUACUGCUAUUAUUGCUGUAUUGCGUUUCAUUCUUCUUCUACGUGUCUUCGUGGAUGGAUUAUUCUGUCUGUGAUGUUCUGUGUUCUCCCCCAUUUCACCGAUUCAUUCAAAUGCGCACACUAUUGAAUUAAUGUACAUACAAAACGAGCGGCCUCUUUAGUUGUUGGUAGCGCCAUCUUUGUUCUUCUUUCAAAUGUUUCCUUUUUUUAUAUAUAUUGUUCGGUUCCCCGUAUGUGGAAAGCAGCAGUGGUAAUACACUUGCUGAAGCUGUUCAAUUUAUUCUUAAGCCCACCUUUAAAACUCAAUUGUAAACCUAAUAGAUUGUUUCAUUUUACUCUUUUAAUAGAUCGCCGGCUACCUACUGUUGUUAGAUACAGUAAGGAAACAAAAACUUCUGGGUAUCGAAGAGACAAAAACUUACGGGUAGCGAAUUGGGUCACAUAUCCCGAUGAUUAGCUGCCUGCAUCCAUGAACCGUCUUUCAGGCCAUGGGGAGACUUAUCAACAACCUACGUUCUAUGAUUACCUCUUCUCUACCCUUCAGUUUGUGGGUCGAUCUUUAACAUGUAGUGAACGGUACUACAGAUCGUUUUUUUUUGUGUGUGCCAUUUUUAGCCCCUUUAUAGUAGGCAUGGCUCUUCUUU